GUUUUAAAUCUACAGGAUGACUUGGAACUGGGAAUUUUUUUUCUGUUGCAGAGCUCUGUCUGUGCUUAUGCCAUCCUCUGAUGACAUACCUGCUAUACUUUGAAGAGUAUGUGCCUGAUUCUGACACCCUUAUGUGUGAUGUAAAAACACUUCACGCCAAAAGAGGUCCCGCUGACUUCAGCAGAACCACUUACUGAGUAAUGGACUAGUGAGCACGGGUAAGGGUAUCAGAAUCUGGUCAUAGAAGCAAAGAGAGACUGAAAUCUUCAGUAUACUGGCCAAAUUCUAGCAGAGCACUGCGUACAUAAAGCACUCUUCAGAAAACCCUCCUAUGCUAAGGAAAGCUAAUCCUUCAAAAUUCCAGGGAGUUAACAAGAGUUGGAAACUACUGUCAACCCAUCCUGUGAGUGAAGCAGAUGGGAGUUGGUUCUGUUGAACUUUUCACUUGGGAAAAUGCAUUAAAAAAGAAGCGUUGCUAGAACAUGGCUGAUGCUGACCUUUGCCUGUACUGUAAUGGAUCCCAGUGCAUGAUUUCAUUACCAUGGUGAUGAUCUUAACCAAAACGCUGGAAAACAAAGGUGCUGACUCUGUGACAUGCAGGACUGAGCUGCACACUCCAAAGAUGAGUCAAGGACCUACUCUCUUCUCUUGUGGAAUUAUGGAAAAUGACAGAUGGAGAGAUCUCAGCAGGAAGUAUCCACUUCAAAUUGAGCAACCUGGUACCAUCAUCUGGGACUGUCUGCCUGAUAAAAGUGAAGAUGGCUCAAUAUGGCACAGAGAGGCAGCUAACACAUGUUCAGUGACCAACUUGAUCAAAGACCUCAGUCUUAGUGACCAUAAUGGCAACCCAUCAGCACCUCCCAGCAAACGCCAGUGUAGGUCACUCUCUUUUUCUGAUGAAAUGUCUAGCUGCAGGACAUCAUGGAGGCCUUUAGGGUCAAAGGUCUGGACUCCUGUAGAAAAGAGGCGGUGCUAUAGUGGGGGAAGUGUCCAGCGCUACUCCAAUGGCAUCACCACCAUGCAGCGGAGUUCAAGUUUUAGCCUCCCUUCAAGGUCAAACAUGCUUUCCUCAUCAUAUGACCAGUCUGGAUUUAGCAACAAAUUUGGAUGUCAGCCAUGCCAGGGGCUGAGGAGGUCAACCACCUAUGGACAGACAGGUGACAUCUGGGGUUAUGAUCACAAUUCUGUAGAUGGUAGCCGGGUGGAUAUGCAGAGGUCCCUCUCCUGUUCACAUGAUCAGUUUUCCUCUUCAGAAUAUUGUGCACCCUCGGCAAACAGCACACCUGCCUCAACACCAGAGCUGAUGAGACGCUCCAAUGGGUUGUCCCGAAGCCGAUCGCAGCCAUGUGUCCUUAAUGACAAGAAGGUUGGAGUUAAACGACGACGGCCUGAGGAGGUUCAGGAACAAAGACCUUCAUUGGACCUUGCCAAGAUGACCCAGAAUCGUCAAACCUUUAACAGCCUUAGCUGCCUUAGCACCUCAGUAGACGACUGUGCUCCGCAGAAUCAGUUCUGCCCUGGUGUCAACAGCCCCAAGUCAUGGACAGCAUCUCCUUCCUCCUCUGAUGUCAUGCCAGGCAGGACACCAGCCUGCACCCCUGUGCCAGAGCCGCACUCAAACGCAGAAGAAUGUAGAGUUAGCAAAGACGACUCCUCUUGGGAAGAGUCAGAUUAUUGUGCCACGGAAGACGAGAGCAGUAGAAAAGAAGAUGAAAGAGCUUCAUGGAAGAGUAGUGGGACAGGGGGGCGGAAUGUCUUUCCGCUAGAUGGUGAAUUAGACAUUGAGCAAAUAGAAAACAAUUAAAGGAUGUUGUUUGCAUCAGGGUUUGGGGAUGUGAAUUAAGAACAGGGAGUAGUAGAAUCUCCUAGGUUUAAUCCUCGGGUUAUACUGUAUUUAGGCAUAAAAGCAAAUCAAUGUUCUCGUCCUAUCAGCAAUAGGAGACAAAAGCAGCCUUGCCAAAAUGUCAUCAGGUAUCCUGAGAAAUUUUUUUUUUAAAUCUUGAAAUUCUACAUAACUACUGUAGCCAGAUAUCAGCUAGUUUGGUUAAAAUAGCCCAUGAGGCUUUGGAAAGAAGCAUUCUAGAGCUCUCCAAACUGCAUUCCCCCCCCUCCAUCAUUAAGUCAACAGCUUUUAGUAAACUUGAAAUUGCAGCUGUUGUAGUAACUGCAAUUUCUUAGUGAAUACUUGUGUUUAGAUAUUUUUUUAAGGACUGGAAAAUAAAGUACUGGUUUUGAUUCACAAACUAGGUACUGUCUAGUACAGAGAGCCAGACUGAGAGGGGCUAUGUUAUGCCUCACUGGGACCCUCAUCAGCCUGGACUUCCCGGGCAGCAAGAUAUAAGGAAUGUUUCAUUUUAACUGAUUCAUACCCCCUCUUCUGAUUCCAUACUGCACCUUAGACACUAGGAGAGGAGAGAUUGCAAGGGGCUGAUGAAUCCUUAGUUUAACAUUUCAUCCUGGAGAUCAUUAUUCAGCUCAAGUUUGAAUUAGGGAUCUUAUAACUGAAACCUUGCAGUCGUUACUUAGGCAACACUCCUAAAGUCAUAACCACAGAACCAUCCCAUAUUGCCUUGUCGUAAAGCCUUUUUAGUCCUGCAGUCAUCAACAGAGCCAUUAGAGGGAAAUCACAAGCAUAGUGCUUGACAUUUGAUCAUGAUCACAGCAAAGGAUUUAUAUUUUCAGUUUCCCUAUUUCAACGAAAGCAGAGGCUAGGGAACGCACAAUAAAAACAAACCCUCCUGGGGCCAGAUCAUCAGCUGACGUAAGUUACCUUUGACAUCAAUGGAAUUAUGCCUGUUUACACCAGCUGAGGAUCUGGCCCAUGUCUCAGUGUUUGGGAACUUCAGAUCAGUGUUAGAGCUGUGCCGGGCAUUAGCAUAAAAGCAAAUGCUGCUGUUUCCAAAAGAAAUUGCUAUUAGACUCAGCUGCUUUAGUGUUCUUCCUUUCAAGCCUCUCUUUUAGACCCAGUGGAAAAAUAGUCCAGGUUUCUAUUGGGCUUGUGAAAGAAAGGCUUUUAGAAGAGGCAACUCAGUGUUUGGCAGGUAACAUGAGUGCUAAUGGUGACUGUUCUGAUCUCGCUCGCACACCAGUGUCAAUCUGAGUACGUCCAGUGUAGUCAGUGGAGCGAAGCCAGUAGAAAACUGGUAUAAAGUGAGAUCAGAAUUGGAGACUUAACAAUAAAACAAAACAAACAUCCCAACAGGCUCAGAUUUUCUUAGAUGUCCUUGUCUGGUGUGAUAAGAGUACAUUGAUUAAAGCCUUUGUGCUUGUCGGGCAUGUCUGGCAGGUAACAGAGUGAAAUUCUGACCCAGAGGCAAAACUCUCAUUGACUUUCAUGGGGGGAGGGGGGGGCAGAAUUUCACAUUUAGUUUUGCUGAAGACAGAAGGUACUUCAUCACUGCAGGAGAGUCCAAGUGAGUCAUCCUCCUCUUUUUGAAGAACUCUUGUGGAAGCCUGUCCAAGGUUUCAUACACCAGAACCUUUUUGAUUACUCCUCUGCUUCUACCUACAUCUUGCCAGCCUUUUCUCCAGUACUUCUUACUUCAGGGAUGUGAUAUUUUUUUUUCUUUCUUUUAAGGGUUCAUUAAAAAAAACAACACAAGUUUGUUUUAAAUUUGGCAUGGAACUCAUAAUGACUGUGAGCUGACCUACAGAACGCUGCCGGCACAAAGCAUCUGGUGCAGCAUUCGCUCUGUCUAAACUGCUGGACAGCUUGACCUUACUGCGCUUGAGGAUUUCCACAGCACCAGUGCUGUACAGGGCUUGUUGCCAAUGGUCAUCCAUGUUGUUAGGGUAGAUGCAAUAGGUGUGAUGAGAAAAUUGCUUUCUGGUCACUUAGGAUUGGUUUUAUCCUGUGAUUUACCAAAUCACAGAAAUAAAACAUGUACAUUCAGAGAGGGUUUAAACCCUGUCCCGCUAACAAAUACAGAUUUUCCGUGCUUUCGUUUGGCGUGUUUUACUGUGAAAUGGUUUGAUGUAAAAUGCAGUAUGAUUAUUUGACAAAGUAAGCUCUCAAGAUGUUGAAAAGCCAGGUAGCAGCACUGAAAGCUUCCCCUUUCCCUGUCCCCAUUUUUAGCAACGAUAAAGUGGUGAACAUUAAGUUUAUACAAUUUAUCAUACCUUUUACCUUGGUAAAAUAAGCUGUUCACUUGCUAAGAGGUCUAUGAGGAAACAAUCUUUUCUUUUUUACUUAUAGGAGAACAAUAGCCUAGAUAUGGAAUUUUAACCACAUCUUCUUAUGUUACUGCACUUUUUUUCUGCAGUGGUUCAAGAUGUGUGUAGCAUCUAGUAUCACAGUGGAAUCCAUCCAGUUGUGUGGCUUCAUAAAGUGUCCAGUCAAAUUGCAUAGAGUGUUUUGUUUGUGACAAUGUUAAUUUCAGCUCUCUCUCUAGAUAAGGUGCUGGCACACAGCGGAAGCCAAACAAGUAAUCAUUUUGGGGGGAUGGGCGAGGCUUUGAUUUUUAUUGUUCGGGAAUUAACACAGCUCUGUGAAAACAAUAUUUUGUUCAAUGCAUUAAUCAAGAAAACACACCUUGUCUAAAUCCUUUAGGCACAUCGUUUGGAAAGCGUGCAGUCAGAAGUUUGUAUGCCCAAGUUGUGGGUGCAUAAAGGUGAUCACGCACACAUUGACCCUUGCAUUCAGAAGUGCACCCUGUGACACAUGCAUCACACUACCUGGGACCCAUGCACUUUUGUGUGCACACUUUUAAAAAAGACACACUGACAAAAUAUCAGUUUCCUCAAAAGCAGACUAUCUAUUCCGUGAAACCUCUAAAGCAGUGGGUCUCAACCAGGGGUACGUGUACCCCUGGGGGUACACAGAGAUCUUCCAGGGGGUACCUCAACUCAUCUAGAUCAGUGUUUCACAACCUGUGGGGGCAUGGAUGGGGGUGGCGGGGGUUGCAAGUGCAGGGUGGGUAUUAGGGGGUGGCAAGCAGGGCAAUUGCCCAGGGUCCCACGCCACAGGGGGCCCCAGAAAGCUAAAUUACAUGCCUUGGCAGCGCUCGGGCUUGAGCGCCAGGCAGCAGGGCUCAGGCAUCAGACUCCUGAAAGGGGUACAGUAGUCUGGAAAGGUUGAGAACCACUGCUCUAAAGGAACGGGCAAGAAUAAGAUGCUUUGGGGUAGUGCCCUUCUCGUAAAGAACUGCUACUCAGUUCAUUCCGGGAUGGUCUCUUCUGCUGGAAGAUUGCCUAAUAAGGGUGGUUUCUUCACUGUAUGAGAGAAUACUUUGUUAAUGUUUUAUUGUCUAUUUUAUCUUUUAUAGCCACACAUCAUACCAUUUGGCUUCAGUGACUAUUUUGAGUCUUCCUGUGAAAGUGAAAUGACUGGUAUUUCCCCCCAAAUGAUAGUUCCUAAACUCUGCUGGAGGCAUAGCUCUGAGACAUCAUUAACAUCCAAUCAGCUACCAGCUGGACUGAUCAAACAGUGUGCAAACGCUCCCAAAUCCUUUACUGUCAGUUAUGGCUCCUGAACUGUUAGUACUGCCCCAGCUUCUACAGCACCAAUCUUGUUCCCAUUCCCUCUCCUCUGUCAAGAGGUUGCCUCUCAAUACUGUGUAUCCCGCUGCUGCAGAUCCUUCUUUCUGACCUCUACAGCUCCACAGAGGUCAAUAUUCCUAAGCCUGAUAGCUCACAGAUGCAGUGGUGCAGCGGUUCACAGAUGUAGUGCAUUGGACCAUCACCACAGUGCUUCUAGAGUGUCUCUCUAGAACUAUCUAGAGUAUCUCUUGUUAUGCCGAUUUGUGAAAACCUGGACUGACUUGUUUUUUAUUUGUUUUCUUUUAGAGCUAUUGAAGCACUCUGGUAUUUACAUAUCUCCGACUUUUAAUUCAUAAGGGCUUUUAUUUUUUUUAAAGGGCUGCUAUGUCAUGUUAAAACAUGCACAGUAGGAAAGUGACCAGAUGGAUCACUACCCAACUGUGUUCAACAUAGCAGGCGCAUACAGUUUACAUUGCAGCACAACCUGUUUGCCUUACUAAAGAUGCUUCUACAAUGAGCAAUGGCCUUAGAUGGGCACAUUAGCAUAGACACAAAUGACAAUUAGCAACAAUUUUAGGCCACAGUGGUGUUCUGUUUUGUUUUGAGGGUUGGUUUUUUGUUUUGUAUGAUUUUUGUACUGAUUUUCAGGUUAAUAAAGCCUUACUUUUUAAUUUUUUUUCCUGUAGAGGUAAAACAUUUCCGGAUUUAUAUGUAUAUUAAAACAAUUUUAAAAAAAUCUGAACUAUAAUAUUGUAUGUGGGGACAUCCUAUUGAUUGUAAAAUUAGAAGGUGUGUUGCUCUUCAGAACAUGAUGGAAGCUCAGCAAGAUCUUAGACAUGCAGUGACACCAGCUUAAAAACAAUGGAUCCCUAUGGUGAGGAUUUCUUAGCUUUUUAGGACUUCACCAAUAUUACACAGAUGCUUUGAAUAACCCAUAUUUCAAAUUCCUACCAUAUGCAAGAGUCUGGCACUAUGGAGCAAAUGAUUUUAUAUGCUAGGUAAUUAACAGUCUAAUCAUCAUGGAGAUAGACUGUGACUGAUUUGGAACAUGGAUCAAUUUGGACUACAGAUAUUUAAUGAUGACAACAAAAUAUCAACAGCAAUAAAAUUUCAGCAUUCAAUAAAAUUAUUUUUAAAAAGUAUAUUAGUGGAUAAUGUCCUUCUUGUUAGCACUGGUAACUUACUCACAGGGAAUUUGCUGUGUAUUUGCAGGUAUAGCUCAUUGAGGUUGUUCUAUGAAAGAUUGCAAUACAUCUUCAUAUGGAAAAAAGGAGACACAAAGGAAGUAUUUGUAGAAUAGAUUGUAAUUUCUCACAUAAUAGCCUAUUUGGCCAAUAAAGUUGUGUUUCAAGUGCAUUGUUUAAAGAUCCUGGAUAAACAGGACAAUGGACUUAUGUAGGACAUUUUAGGAUUGUAGCAGUGCUUUACAGAGUCUGUUUUUGGUGUUUAAGAAUUGAAAGACGAUGACGGACAAAAAAAGCCUUCUGAAAGCUAUGAACUGAAGUAAGAGUCUCUCCAUGUUAAUUGCACAAAUGCAAAUGUACGUAAAUGUAUACAAAGUUGGAUUUGUAGAAGGUGUGAUCUUUGUUCAAAGACUGUUCUUUCACCUGAAAGUCAAGAAGACUGCUGAUUUGUACUCUCUCAAUGACUUUAUUGCACUAGAGCAACUCAGUCUCAGGAAUUUGCUUGUUACUUUUACUAUGUAAAUAAAGCUUCCUGGUUCAAUAA